UCAUUGCGGGGCCUCCAGUUCUUCAUAUAAAAGACGACAGCGCCGCUAGUACCCCUUCUACGGUGUUCUUUAGGAUGGUGUAGGAAUGGCUUGCGGGAGCCUAGUUCAGAAGUGAACCUGUGGCUGUGGCAGUGAACACCUUGGCGCAUAGGCUCGUGGAGGCUUGGCAGACUCUCGUUCAGCCUUGCCAUAGAUCGAGGCAUACAAAACUCGUGUGAGUCCUGCGUAUCUUUUCCUUCAGCUGGGAAAUGCUCGAUUCUUAUCAUUUCCUGCGGAGAAUCGAGUCCUUUGCGGACCUUCAACCGUCGCGAUGGAUCCCCUCUCCAUCAUAUCCGCCGUCGCGGGCAUUGCAACGGCCGGGACGGCGCUAGUAAGCUCGUUGUAUACGCUGGUAGAGACGGUGCGCAAUGCGCCGCGCCAGAUGAGGGAUGUUGCCAAGGAGAUGACAAGUCUAACCUGCGUCCUGGAGUUUCUCGUCGAGAUCAUUUCCGAUGGCCACAAGAUUGCGACACGUCACUACCUCAACGGUAUCAAGUCGGUGGUGAAGAGCAUCGAGAACACACAAAAUGAAAUCAUGGACAUGAUUGACGACCACAGCAUCAUCAAUCGUCUGAAGUGGCGUAAGGCAAAGACAUUGUUGGAGGAUAUCAGAGCUCAUCAGAGCACGGUAAGCAUGCAGGUUGCUAUCCUCAACCUGGGUAUGCUCGCAAAGAGGGAUGGCCACAUAAAGAAAGCAUCAGAAAGGCGGUUGAGGAAGCAGGCCGAAAGUUUAGUGCAAGCGAGUAAUGCCUGCUUGGAAGCGAACAGGGAGGACACUUUGCAUUUUGUGCCGCCCCCUCCUCGUCCGGCGUCGCCUCCGGUUUAUGGUGCUGCCCCAGGAGCGGAGUGGUACUACGGUGCACCGAGCCCUCCACGCAAUAGCGACAGUAUAGGGGUCGAACCCUCCAUACCUGACUAUAGUGGCAUUCCCAAAGUGCCUUUGCCAGAUCGAGUGGCGACAUCAGAUAAUAUCAAAGAGCAGGAAAAUAAGCCCCCAGAUGCUCCUCGUCCGCCAAUCAUCCCAGGGAGAUCGGAUAGUCUGCCAGCUUUGCCAAAUACGCCACAGCCUGGCAAAUCGGGCUCUAGUGCUGAUGAAGCGACGAGGAAGCAUACACUCAUGACGUAUACGCACAACAGUCCGGGUGACGCUGCCACACUCCUCUACAACCUGGUUUUCUCGUCAUCAGGAGGGGAUUCUGGCUAUGAAAGCGAUCAAGCGGACCCUGCUCCCAGCGACACCCAUGAGACUGAGGAAACCUGGUUUAGCGAGGACUAUGAUUCAUCUGAUGGUGAUGUGGGCGAUACGAUUCGUCGAGAAAGUAGAAUGGCCAGUAAGCGAGCCGAUCGAGAGCGUCGAAAGGGUGAAGAAAAUGCUGCAGCAGGAUCAAGCCACCCCUCUGGCAGGAAAGGUCAAAAUCUGAAUGGCCAUAACCAGCCCUCGAUGGUUGUGAACAGACUCCUACUCAAGUGGACCUCUCUCACAAAUCAGGAGGUGGAGGACACCGACUCUGGUGUAGAAGACUACGCGGAAAAUGACCGCCUAAGAUCAAUCCGUGGUACAGUUGCAGCCAUUGCCGCCAGAAACAACGAAUCGGGGAACAACGCGAGGACGACUGUACCUGAAUCAUCGUUCGAAUAUGGAUCCGAUUCAAGAGACCGAGUUCCACCAUAUGCUCCGUAUGGUGAGCAUGGGUACACAGGUUAUCCCCAACCGUGGUCUUACCGUCCGAGUCCUUCUAUCAACGUACCUAACGGGUCGGCUCGUCCGCCGCCGCCACCCACCUCUCAUGACACCACGGGAUAUGACUUUUAUGGUAACCGUAACCCUUACAUUAGUCCCUUCAUGCCUAAUACAGGACAAAAUAUGCAGAGCAAUACACAAUACCCAGGUUAUGUUACACAUAACCUAGCAGAAACAAAGGCUCCCUAUUCUUUCAAACCACCGAACGUAUUAAUUCUGGAUAGAAAAUCCGAGAUCGACGAAGCGAGGGACUCUUCUAGCGUUGACAACCUCGCUGUUCGGAACAAAGGAUUCCGGGUUGAGAGGCAGAGCUCUGCGGAAAUGAUUUAUCACCCGGCCUCAUUCCUGUCAAUGCAUGGGCUCGAAGGUGAAGGCAUUCUUGGAGCCCUUGCAGCUUCCAGGUCGAAUGCUAUGUACAGCGAGCUAUGGCUGACAUUGAAACAUGGGUUUGACUUACAAAUUCCCUAUUCGCGAUCGUCUGACGUAGGAGAGACUUGGUUCCUGGGAGAAAGGCCUGUUUUUAUCUUGUUUUAUCACUCUUCCUACCAACCUCAGUUUUUCCCUUUAUCGAAAGACGACAAGAUAGCCUUUGAUCGUGAGUGUGUAACAAUCGGUGAGCAGUGGAUUACCGACGAAGCUCUGAAGCAGCACGGCAUCGUUCCAAGAGGAAAAGAGAAUGGCAAGCUAAUACUGGACCCGGAUAUAUCUACGGUAUUCGUGGUCCCGGCCGGUAUCUAAGCAUCCACACGCUAAUUCCGUUUUUCUAGUCCGAGUUGGCAGGACUUGUCGACCUAUCCCAGUCACUGUCAUGGAUAGAGCAGCGCCGCCGAUAUGCCAAAACUUUCUACGAGCCAGUAGAUACCUUUAGGACUGUGCAAGAACAUUAUAAUAUAAAUU